AUGAGGUCAAGUGCCCAGGUGGCCGCUAUUGCCGCCGGGGCCCGCGACUGGACUGAUGAGUCAUCUCCCACGCAGGCCGCCCGGGGCCCCGGGGGUGCCCAGCGGGUCAGGGCAAAGCGACUUGCAAGUAUCCUCUCACACCAUGUAUGCACAAUGGCGUCUGAAUUUGUGCCUGAAACAUCUGAAAUUGGCUCCUUGACAGCUCACUCAAACGAAGAUAGCCAAUUUGUUGGUAGUUCCAGCGGUGUUUACUUCGUUAAGACGGUCAAACGUGCGUUCAAUGAAGGUGGCCCUGAUUCAUCUGAGUCAAUCUUCCCCACGGCAGAAGAAACCUUGGUAGGCGCCGAGGACUCGCCUCGCGAAAAGCGCCAGCGCACUGCAUCUGUGCGAGAUGCUAUCUCCGACAUUGAACCCCCAAUAGGAUGGAAUUACGACCCUUCAUCGACGGGGUCUAUGGGAAACAUCCCAUCCCCAGAGAUAGCAAAGGACCUUAUGAUGAUGUACUUCAAGGUCUGGCAUCCGCUGUUCCCAUUCCUGCACGGUCCCACUUUUCUGCAGGUGAUGGAGAAGGUGUAUUCGAAUAAUCAGAGUCAGCAGACGCAAGGGUCAUGCACUGAUCACCGCAGCACAUGCUGGACUACCAUCUUCCAAUGCGUCUUCAACCUUGGCAGCCUUUUAGCGCCAGACCUUGAUCUCCCAGUUGAAUCGAAAAUCCAAUCACCCAAUAGCAUCAAUGGCUUACUUGGGACUCUUUCAUCACGGCAUGACAUCCUCUCGCUCCAAGCACUCCUGGCUAUACAGGUUUAUCUUGUGGCGACCAUGUCUCUUCGUCAGGCAUCAACUGUUGGUGGCUGCAUAUUGCGAUCGAUGCUUCAUGCAGGUCUCCACCGGUGUCCUUAUCGAUAUAAACAACUCUCCACGCACGACCGACAGCUGCGAAAACGGGUAUUCUGGUGUGCAUAUGCGAUUGAUCGAUAUCUGAGUCAAGCCCUGGGAUUACCACUUGGUAUCCAAGAUUCGGAUAUUGAUGUGUGUUUACCCGCUGCGCGCGAAAUGCAUUCUUCUCGGGGUUAUAUGACCCAGACUGACGUGACGACACCUAGACCCGUGUCGUCCACAGAAGAUGACCAUGCCCAAUCGGCGCGGCCACUGAAUCGGGUCGCAGCCCCUGACGAUAUUGAGGGUCAUGGAAAAGAAAGUAUCAUGGCCAGCUAUGUGGACUCGGGCACCCUGACUGGACGGGCAUUGGAGCUCUUCCACAAAUCCAUCUUGGUGCGAUCUGUUCGUCGCAGCUCGGUCCUGUUCUUAGUGACGGAUGUUCACAAAUGGUGGAAUAGUCUUCCUCUGGAUCUACAGCGAAAGCCACUGGCAUCUGAGCGGCGAGCACAAUCUACCACGAACGAUGCUGCGUUCGACUUUGGUCCAUUUUUCACGGUGCUAUAUCAACACCUCAUCCUGAUUAUUCACCGACCUUCACUGUCCCUGGAACCAUCGACGGCGGAGUUUUGCUCCGGGCUACAGACUUGCAUUGGCGCUUCUCGGUCCAUUCUCUCUGCGCUCAGGUUGCAAGUAGACAGCAAACAGGCUUUAUUCUGGCCGGGGUUCCUGUCAGCGGCAUGGAUGUCCGGGCUGGUCUUGGCUCUGGCCUGUCAACUCAAGCAAUAUGUGUUAGCGAAGGGCCUUCAAGAAAUUGAUCAAAUCUCCGAGACCCUGCGUCUCAUGUCUACACAAUGGGAGACAGCCAAACACUGCCAUGUAUCGCUGUCAGUCUUAGCGGCAAAAAUCCAACAGUCGUCAAGCAGCACCAAUUCGCAUAUGAAUUCCCAAGCAUAUGCUAUGAGAGGAAGCCCCACGCUGGUGGACACCUUGAACGCACGCGAAGAGAGACGACAAAAAUUAAGCGGCUCGUCGCCUUUUCCAGAGAACUACCCAUCAAGUGCAGAAGGGGCCAGCGCAGAAGGACAUGGUUACCAACCAAAUGAGUAUAACGCCCGUGAUUCAUGGCGGGGGCAAGGUUCUAUCUGGGAUCAGUCAACUCAGCUACUGAAUAGUAAUGAGCAUGGCAAUCCGACCGGAACGCCCUCAUCACUGCAGAUGAAUUUCCAACAUACUGACACCUCUCAAUUUGAUGGGGUUUCAAACUUUGAUUUGAAUAUGGUCGAUCUGAUCCAAGGAGCCAACUUUGACACUCUUUUUGAUCAGAUAGGGCAACAAUACCCAAGCUUCUAA